GGGGAAAACGAAACGAGAAAAAAAAAAGAUAUCCCAAACAAAAUCCAUUGAUUGUUUGUGUUUCUCUCGCCAGCGUGUGUGUGUGUGAGUGUGUGUACGCAAUCUAAAAAAAAACAACACCCCUCGUUUUCUUCCGAUUUUUUGUUUCGUUAUUUCAGUGUGUUGUGUGUCGCCCGUUCAGAUUUUUUGUUUGUUCCAUUUCGCCCUCUGCACAAAAACGCGAACUGAAAGAAGAAACACUCGUGCUUUGUGUUCGCGCGUGUUCGCGUGUAUGCAUAUUCCAUCUGUGAAAGCAUCAGAAAAAGGAAAGCAUUGAAAAAGUCCAAAAAAGUUUGUGUGAUGGUGAAAAUGCCGGCCAUGUCCGAAAUGGCAGAUUGUGUUGACGGAGUGAUUAGCGCCGAUGGAUUGUGGGCUCAACUUCGCGACGCAACAGCCAAUCCAUCGGCGUCUGUCGAAGCCGACAUGUUGACAUUGUUGGAUUGCCGUUCGGCAGCGGAUUUCGGCGAGUGCCACAUCCGGCGAGCCGUCCACUUGUCUCUACCGUCCAUCAUGUUGAGACGGCUGGCCGGAGGCAAAGUCACCAUCGGCUCUGUGCUCAAGUCGUCCAACAAUCACGCCAGUGUCGACGGCUCCAAAACGCGACCCUUCCUGCCCACCGUUUCCGCUGGCGGAUCGUCGGCCAACAACAAGAAACAGCACACGUUCGUCUUGUGCGGAGGAGUCGGAGACAUUGUCUCCGUUCUACGCAAAUCGCUCAUUCAGGACGGCUGUCCAGUCGUUUGCCUUCAAGGAGGUGUGGAAGAAUUCCGGAACAAGUACCCAGAAUGGUGCGUGACGCGGGAAUCGGAGACGGCUAACCCGAGUGAAGUCCUUCCCAACUUGCGCAUCGGAGGCGAAGGCUUGAGGCCGACGGCGGGUGUAGUCCGCCCACUCAGUUUAAACAAUCGCCGACCGGGCUCGCUCGGUUCCCGGUCCGCCUCCGACUCGGAAGAAGAGCGUCCCGACUCGUCCUUGGAGUCGGGUGAAAUCCGUGCCGACGAUGAAAACGGAUGCGGAGUUGGCCCACCGGAAUUUGGUUCCGGCUUCAGUUUGGGUCUGUCGGUCGGACUUCGACUCGGCCUCGAAUCCGAACCUCUUCCUCCAUUGAUGCUGGACAACGUUGCCGUCGACUCGGCCGACAUUGGAUUGACGGGACAAUUGGGAGGAAUGAUCCCCAUGAAUGACACGGAUCCAUUGGCCGAUCCCGGUUUCCCCGUCGAGAUCCUUCCUCACCUGUUUCUGGGCAACGCCCAAAAUUCCCGCGACUGUGACGCACUCGAUAAGCACCGCAUUCGCUACGUGGUUAACGUGACGCCCAAUUUGCCCAACGUCUUUGAGGAUUCGGGAACGAUCCAGUAUCUGCAGAUUCCCAUCACGGAUCAUUGGAGUCAAAAUUUAAGCAGUUUCUUCCCUUCCGCCAUCGGCUUUAUCGAUGGAGCUCGAGAGCGACAGGAAGGCGUUCUAGUCCACUGCCUGGCCGGAAUUUCCCGCUCCGUCACCAUCACAGUGGCUUACUUGAUGUACAAAAUGUCGAUGAGCCUGAACGACGCGUACGACUUUGUGCGCCGAAAAAAGUCCAACAUUUCGCCCAACUUUAACUUUAUGGGCCAGCUGCUGGAUUUCGAGCGUCAACUGAAUCCGCCGAGUCCGCAGCGCUGCACGUGCCAUCUCUCGGCCAACGACAGCAAUAAACCGGAAGAUCACGCCCUGAUCCCGUUUACGCGGCUCUCGAUUGAGGAGCCGGAAGACGAGGAAGAACUACCUUCGUCAGCCGAUGCCAACAACAUUGGCGGAAUCGAUUCCGGUCUUCCGUCGUCCGUUUCCAUGUCGCCAUGCUCGGCUGACUCUUCCGUCGCUUCCUCACCGGCCGUCAUCCAUUCUUCAUCCUCCUCAACCGGCGGCAGUGGAAACGUCAAGCGCUUGCGCACACUCGUUUGCCGCUGCCAAGCCUCCCUCUCCCAGUGCCAUUUUACCACCCCGACCACUUUGUAAAUUCAAAA